AUGGCUGAACCCGAUGCUUCGUCUGCAGCCAAUGGGGGCGAUGCGCUCGCAGAUACUCCAUCCCUGAAGCGCCGGGGAAGCUCCUCACAACAGUCAGAGACGUCACAAACGGCAGCAGAAUUCAUACGCGAACAGAUGCAAUUGGAAGCUGAUGCGCGCGAGGCCCUACCAUAUAGUAUCAAAGACUGCACAAGAUCUCUAGGAUCCCUGCGUCAGGCCGUCUUCUCCUGCCUUACUUGUAACCCCCCACCAUCGGACCCCAAGGCCCCAUACGAUGCCGCCGGAGUCUGUUAUGCAUGCUCCAUACAAUGCCACGGCGAGCAUACGCUUGUCGAAAUCUUCACCAAGCGUAACUUUACCUGCGACUGCGGUACCACCCGGUUUCCGAGCACGAGCCCAUGCAGCCUGCGCGUGAACCCAGAGACAAACAGCAAAGGCGUCCACUCGGAGCCUGCAUCCACAAACAACAAGUAUAACCACAACUUCCGCAACAGAUUUUGUGGUUGCGAAUGCUACUAUGAUCCGUUCGAGCAGAAAGGUACCAUGUUCCAAUGCCUGGGUCUUGGCACACAUGAGACUGGAGGCUGUGGCGAGGAUUGGUGGCAUCCUGGCUGCCUCGUGGGAUUAGGCCCAGGAUGGUUUGAGAACAUGGAGGUAAAGAAGCCAGCUGUCAAGUCAGAGACCGGAGAUGUUUCUGUCACUACCAAGCCACUUGAAACUAUCAGCGAGGAUGCAGAAGCAGCCAAUGGGGCAAACUCUGCCACUACGGGCCCUGCCGAUGCCGAUCCGCCUGCGGCAGCAGAAGAAGAGGAAGAUGACGAUCCACCCAUGCCGCCCGGCUUCCCAGAGGAGGAUGCUUUUGAGUCGUUUCUGUGUUACAAGUGUGUCGAUGCAUACCCAUGGAUCAAGCGCUAUGCUGGCUCUCAAGGCUUCCUCCCUCCCAUAUUUAGCAAGCAGACCGCGAACGGCACUGCCCCGACCUUGGAGUCCAGCGCGGCUUCUCCUCCAGGACUAGGUUCACAGAAACGAAAAGCAGAGCCCGAUGGUGAGGAUGCUGUGGAGGUUGAUUCUAAGCGGCACAAGACGGAGGAUCCUGCUCCCGCGGUGACCUCGACGGAAAAUCCAUGUGAUGCCGAACCGGUUGACAAGCCCGUCUGCAAACUCAACAAUUUGCCACCCGCGCCAUCCGAUCAGUUCUCUCUCUUUUUCAAAGAGGACUUUCGUGAGCAACUAUGCCGCUGCAAGGCAUGUUUCCCGCUCCUGAAACCACAUCCCCAACUACUCGAAGAGGAAGAGACGUACGAACCUCCAGUGUCGGAGGACGGUAACGGCUCCGAGCACGGAUCGACCCAGGGGAGCUUGCUAGAGAUGGGCGAGAGCGCGCUUCGCAACGUGGACCGCGUACGCGCCAUCGAGGGCGUCAUGGCCUACAAUCACCUCAAGGACAAGCUGAAAACGUUCCUGCAGCCGUUUGCGCAGAGCGGGGAGGCCGUCUCAGCAGAGCAUAUCAAAGAGAUAUUUGCCAAGAUGCGAGGUGACGACGAGGCGAUCAAGGAGGCCGCCGAGGGAGCAAAGCAGUCUUCUGACAACAGGCGCGAGCAAAGCGGUUACUGA